GGGAAACUGAGCUCAGAGAGGCUGCUCCUCACCUCGGGUCACCCAAGGGCUAAGAGGCCGAUGGGGAUUCAAACUCAGUGUCGUUCCAGAGCCCUACUCCUAACGGCUGGGCGAGGGGCAAGUCCCUCUGCGUCACCUGAUGCACAGUCACCACCAGCCACUGCGAACCCCCAGCUCAGGCGGGCGCAGCGUCGUUUGGAGAAGGACAUCUGUGCGAUUCCGUUCUUGAAAAUCCCGGCUCGUUUUUCAUGUGACUUCUGCUUCGUGUGUCCUGGCAGAAAGGGCAGCAGGGCUGUCACAGGCUUCGUUCUGCCCCUCCCCCAGAACGGCUGCUGCCUGGAAACGUGUAAAGGAAGCGGUUGUGUUUGUGGCCACCAAGAUCUGGAGGUGAGGAGCAUCUGGUUAAAAUGAUUCAGCAAGAACCCCCCCACCGCCCCAACCCUGGGGGUGGUUCAAGGGGUCUGGCUCCACCCGCCACACUCCUCCCCAGCACUGCCCCACGCUGGGGCAGCCCACCCCAGUGCAGGUGCCGCCUAGGACGGCUGGGCCCAGCAGGACAGCUCGGCACUGCCCUCCACUGGAGCCAUGCGGCCAGCGGGAGCUCUGCUCGCCCUCUGCGGCCUUGUCCUGAGCACCACCGGAGGCCCCGCCCAAGACUCCUGUUCUCAGGACCUUAACGCAGGUGUGAAACCAGGAUUCCCCAAAACCAUACAAACCAAUGACACCGGGGUCCGCCAGGCAGCCAGGCAUAGCGCGGAGAGGUUCAACAACUGCACCAACGACCUCUUCCUGUUCAAGGAGGCCCGCGUCCUCAGAGCCCUGGUGCAGAUAGUGAAAGGCCUGAAGUACAUGCUCGAGCUGGAAAUCCGCAGAACGACCUGCAAGAAAACCAGGCACUCUGAUCUGGACGACUGUGACUUCCAAACCAAUCACACCUUGAAGUGGACUCUGAGCUGCUACUCUGAAGUCUGGGUCAUCCCCUGGCUCCAGAAGGUCGAGGUGCCGGUUCUCUACUGUCACUGACUUCCGCCUCUUCAGCCAGACCGCAGCCAUGACCCAUGCUGAGCCUCUGCCCUCUGAGACCCUGACCCGGCUCCCUGCCAGCUGUCACAGGCACCCCUGGGUGCCGCAGAAGCGCCAGUGCUCAUCCCGAGGGGGCGAUGGGAGGCUGAGGGUGCUGCACAGCCACGUGAAGUGCGUUACGCCGCAUCUCCUGGAGCUAACUGUACUGAUGUUGCAUGCCAGGAUCCAGGCUCAGCCCACAAGGCUGGGUCCUCCGAUGGCAAGUAGGGGGCCUCCCUCUGGCUGACCCCCGGUGGUCCCAAGCUCUGGGUGACCCAUAUUCUGGUCUGAGGUGGCAUUACAGCAGCAGGAGGGAGACUGAGUGUGUUGCCGACCACCUUGACCCUUCGUGGACGAAGAGUGCCGUAAUAAACAUGAAUGGAGGCCUGGCAUCACAAAGCAAGGCUGUGUUACUUUAGCGGGAGGGCCACGACAGUGAGGCUCCGUGUGAGUCCCUAUGCCAGCGGUCAGCCAAGUUCCGGGAGGCUUGUCCAGAG